AUGUUCGGUUAUGAUGCGGGCGUGCUGGGUGGAGUGCAGGAAACAGAACCAUUCCGCGAUGCGAUUGGUAAUCCGUCCGGCACGUACAUCAUUCCUAUGAUAGCGUCGUCGUAUACCCUCGCUUGCUGGGUCUCGAGCACAGCAUACAUGUUUAUAGGCCAUCCGCUUGGAAGGAGACGAACGAUCUUGCUGGGAGACGGCUUUGUCAUCGUCGGCGGCUCGCUACAGGCAUCUUCUUGGUCUGUACCACAGAUCAUCAUUGCGCGAGUCCUCUGCGGGUUCGGCGUGGGGUUGAUCAGCUGUGCCGUCUUGACGUAUAUGUCUGAGAUGAGCAUCAAAAAGACCGAGCGUGGACGGGAGGCAGCAAACCAGUCUUCGUGGUUGAUCGGAGGCGUUGCGUUGGCAUACUGGCUCGACUUCGGCUUUACGCAAUCCGCCAGUCAAUGGUCCUGGAGAAUUCCAAUCGCGCUGCAAUCUCUAUUCGCCGCCAUCUCCUUCGCUAUCAUGUUAAUGCUACCCGACACCCCGAGAUGGUACUACUCAACGGGCCAGACUGAACGAGGGGACAGUGUUCUCGCCAGCCUGCACAGCCAGCCGUUGAUGUCCGAGCCGGUUCAACAUACAAAGACCGAGAUCAUGGAUGCUAUAUCUCUUGAGAGCAGCCACGCCAAGCUCAAUCUGCUUGAUCUGUUGUGGGACAGAAGCAAGCUCAAGAGCGGAAGGAGGCUGCGGAUUGCGUUCUUGAUCCUUACCAUUCAACAACUGAUGGGUGCGUAA